CUCAAGCCCCAAGCGCUGUAUUAUAUCUCUCGGCCCCGGGCCUCUGUGGUGGUCCUGAUGUUCCCCACGUCGCUCCAGAAUGCCGGAAAAAUUUGGCAGAGGGCAACGACGUGGGGGUCACGAAAACGCCCCCUGUCAGUGUGAAUAAUUUUUUGAUUGACCUAAACAACUCAGCACGCAAGAACGCAUCACAGACUCCUAGCUUCUUCACCUUCAAGAUCUCUCCUGUGGCCGGACUGACAGUGUUCUGGGAGGCAACUCUUGUCAACGAUACGUUGUACGUAGAGCUGCCUGCUGGCAUUCUGCCUGAAGGAUCCAAGGAGAGUUUGGUGACACUUCUGGAAUAUGCUGAAGAGAAACUCAAGUGCAAACACGUGGUCUGUUGCUUUAACAAGAACAGAGUUGACCGUGUGUCCCUGCUGAGAGUCUUCAACUUCUUCGGCUUCCAGAUUCUGCCACCUGGUCAUCCCUUGGUGGUCAGCCCAUCCCAGGAUCUCCUCUUCAUGGCUUACACUAUUGAGAGGGACUCUGAGCUGGACGACACUGAUGACAGUGACGAAGAGAACGACGGAAAGAGUGAGUGCAGCGAUGAUGACAGCUGCAGCGAUGGCUAA